AUGCCCCACGCGGCACCAGCCUCCGCCAUGUCGGCCCCGCCGCGCCACCCGCACUUCUACACCGUGGAGGUCGGCGACACGCGCUUCACCAUCCUCAAGCGCUAUCAGAACCUCAAGCCCAUCGGCUCCGGCGCACAGGGAAUAGUAUGUGCCGCGUACGACACUGUUACCCAGCAGAACGUCGCGAUCAAGAAGCUGUCACGGCCCUUCCAGAAUGUAACGCACGCGAAGCGAGCCUACAGGGAGUUUAAACUAAUGAAGCUCGUAAAUCACAAAAAUAUAAUCGGACUGCUAAACGCAUUUACACCGCAAAGAAGCCUCGAGGAGUUCCAGGACGUGUACUUGGUGAUGGAGCUGAUGGACGCCAAUCUCUGUCAAGUAAUCCAAAUGGAUCUGGACCACGAGAGGAUGAGCUACCUCCUGUAUCAGAUGCUGUGUGGAAUCAAGCAUUUGCAUCUUGCAGGAAUCAUUCAUCGGGAUCUGAAGCCGUCCAACAUCGUGGUGAAGAGCGACUGCACGCUGAAGAUCUUGGACUUUGGGCUGGCUCGCACGGCGGGGACUACGUUCAUGAUGACUCCCUACGUCGUCACCAGAUACUACCGCGCCCCAGAGGUGAUCCUGGGCAUGGGUUACACAGAAAAUGUAGAUAUCUGGUCCGUGGGCUGUAUCAUGGGCGAGAUGAUUCGCGGCGGCGUGCUCUUCCCCGGGACAGAUCACAUCGAUCAGUGGAACAAAAUUAUAGAGCAACUGGGCACGCCGUCUGCAGCGUUCAUGGCGCGACUGCAGCCCACGGUUCGCAACUACGUGGAGAACCGGCCGCGCUACGCCGGCUACAGCUUCGAGCGCCUCUUCCCCGACAUACUCUUCCCCAGCGACAGCAACGAGCACAAUCGCCUCAAGGCGUCGCAGGCGCGGGACCUGCUGUCGCGGAUGCUGGUCAUCGACCCCGAGCGCCGCAUCUCCGUGGAUGAGGCGCUGCUGCAUCCCUAUAUCAACGUCUGGUACGACGAGGGAGAGGUCAAUGCGCCGGCGCCCGCGUCGUACGACCACUCGGUGGACGAGCGCGAGCACACGGUGGAGCAGUGGAAGCAGCUCAUCUACCAGGAGGUGGUGGAGUACGCGGCGCCGCCCCCCGCGCCCGCGCACCCGCCGCCGCCCGACCACACCCAGCCCGCGCUCACCACAUAG